AUGUUGUCCAAACCAAGCGUUGAACGCGCCAGUGCCCUUGCAUUGCUAGGGCUUGUUGGUACUGCCUCCCUGGUAUCUGCGGGUCCCUGUGAUAUCUACUCAUCCGGAGGUACUCCCUGCAUCGCCGCACACAGCACUACUCGCGCCUUGUAUAGCUCCUACAGCAGUGCACUCUACCAGGUUCAACGUGGUUCUGAUAGCACCACAAAGGACAUUUCGCCUCUGUCUGCCGGCGGUGUUGCAAAUGCUGCAGCUCAAGACACCUUCUGUGCCAAUACGACAUGCGUUAUCACAAUCAUUUAUGACCAGUCUGGCAAGGGAAACCACCUCACCCAAGCGCCACCCGGUGGAUUCCAGGGACCAGAGUCCGACGGGUAUGAUAACUUGGCCGGUGCCAUUGGUGCACCUGUUACUUUGAAUGGUCAAAAGGCAUAUGGUGUCUUUGUCUCUCCCGGUACUGGCUAUCGCAACAAUGUCGCUACCGGCACAGCUACAGGUGACGCAGCGGAGGGCAUGUACGCCGUCCUUGAUGGGACUCACUACAAUGACGGUUGCUGCUUCGACUACGGCAAUGCUGAAACCUCCAGCACUGAUACAGGAAAUGGCCACAUGGAGGCCAUCUAUUUUGGCGACAAUACUGCCUGGGGCUAUGGUACUGGUAGUGGACCUUGGUUUAUGGCCGAUCUCGAAAAUGGCUUAUUCUCCGGCUCCAGCUCCACGCUGAACUCUGCCGACCCGUCCAUUUCAUACCGUUUCUUUACUACAGCUUUGAAGGGUGGUGCAAACAAAUGGGCCCUGCGUGGUGGUAACGCUGCGUCCGGCUCACUGUCGACAUACUAUAGUGGCGUACGUCCCACUGCGUCUGGUUACAACCCUAUGAGCAAGGAGGGUGCCAUUAUCCUCGGUAUUGGUGGUGACAACAGUGUUAGUGCCCAGGGAACUUUCUACGAAGGAGUGAUGACUUCUGGCUAUCCGUCAGACGCCACUGAAAACUCGGUGCAGGCCAACAUUGUGGCGGCGAAAUAUGCUACUACUUCUCUUACCAGUGGCACAGCACUCACUGUCGGUAACUCGAUUUCCCUGAGAGCCACUACAACUGGGUAUACUACACGCUACAUUGCCCACACUGGUUCCACCGUCAACACUCAGGUUGUCACAUCAUCAAGCACCACCGCAUUGAAGCAGCAGGCUAGUUGGACAGUUCGGACUGGCCUGGGAAAUAGCGCUUGCUUCUCAUUCGAGUCUGUUGACACUCCUGGAAGCUACAUUCGGCACUCUGGCUUCGCGCUUUUGGUUAACGCCAGUGAUGGUACCAAGCUGUUUAAUGAAGACGCGACCUUCUGCCCACAGAGUGGCCUCAGUGGCACGGGUAGUUCCCUUCGUUCUUGGAGCUAUCCCACACGCUGGUUCCGUCAUUAUGAAAAUGUUCUUUAUAUUGCGAGCAACGGCGGUGUUCACACGUUUGACUCUGCCACUUCGUUCAAUGCUGAUGUCAGCUGGGUCAUUAGCACUGGAUUUGCUUGA